GACUGGUUUAUUCAAAGAUUCAUCGGCAGGCAAACCGAAUGCUUUUAUUCCCUCCAACACAAAUUUCACGCGAAAUCCCAUCUAACAAGUUACCGAAAGUAAAGUGGAAAAAAAUGUUGAACAAUCCCUUAUUCUCUAUUUAAUUUCUCUAAUGCUGUACGGUGAGAUUCAGUCUGUGAGAUCUUCAAUUUGUGAAAUCCGAAUUAUCCUGUGACCUUAGUUCGAAUCCCAAGCCAUUCAGAUUAAAUUCUUCAAAGAAUGAAGAAAAUCGUGUUGAAAUCGGACAUUGACUGUGAGAAAUGUAAGAGAAAGACUUUGCAAGCAAUUGCAGCCAUUAAUGGUGUUGAUUCUGUGAGCAUAGAUCUGAAGGAGAAAAAAAUAAUUGUGAUUGGAGAUGCAGAUCCGGUCUCUUUAACAAGAAAGGUGAGAAAGUUUAGAAGUACAGAACUGCUUAGUGUUGGUCCUGCCAGAAAUGAAAUGAGAUUAAGGCAUUGGACUAGGAUGGAGGCGCCAAAUCCGGCUCCUUCUGCGACAUGUCACCAUUGUCAAGGAUUGCCUGCUACCAGUAAUGACAAUCCAAAUGCUUGCACUAUAUCUUGAUUUUGUAAAUAGGCCAAAGUAUUCUGUUUGGGCAGAACGACCUCUUUUUUUAAUAGUCAAACAUUUCUAACACUAGUAAAAUGAUCAUUCUAUCGGCUGUUUGUGCAUAAUAGUUUUUGUAAAUGUAAUCAUUUCAUCAUAUGGUGUUGUUGUGGGUAAUUGUAAUCAUGGAUCGAAAAAUCAGUUGUUUAUUGUAUCAAUCGAAAUUCCAA